AUGAUCUAUGAUUUUGAUAGCGCUAAUGGUGAGAAUGAUGAUGGUGACGAUAUUGCGGAAGACGUAGAUGGCGCUGCUGCUGUUGAUGCUGAUUGGUCGACGCGACAUACCACCGUGCCCAUCUGCCUCAUUCGCUCUGUGCCCGUCGCCAUGGCAACUACCCUCGUCGUAAGGCUGAAGCUUGGGGCUCAAUCAGACAGAGAAAUGGAACUCCUCCUGAAAAGAGAAGACCGAUCACAACGUCAGAGAUUCCCAUAUGAUUUUAUAACCAGGAUGUUGCUAAUAUUCGUGUGCUAUUCUGCGUUUAUUAUCACAGACACACAUUCCAUUCACAACGCCCCGAAAUAUGUCUCAAAUACCGCGCGUCGUACCAAAAAUACUACGAAAAUUGACGAUAUCCAGAAUUAUGACAUGGGAAGCCAUCGUGGUUCGAAUAGCGCCGCGUCACUGAGCGUUCCUAGUCACGAAGCUCUCACAGGGACCCGUGAUGUAAAAUACACCCGCGGAGAGCAAAGACGUGAGACAGGCAGAUCCAAACGCUUGCCCUUUCAUCAUCUUCGGUUAGUCGACGAGCGGACGAAGUCAAGCAGCCAUUAUAAACAAGGGAAAUCAGAAAAGAAACUGUCAGUCACGAGCGAGGAGGAAAUGAAUCUUGGCAUAAUAGCAAGGGCCAAAUCGUCAUCGACCAAUGACAUCCUGGCGGCGAUUGGAGGACGAAUCGACCCGCCGGCAUCGCGUCUUGACCCUGGCCCGGGGAGGCGAGACGUCGUGAUUGACGGCGAUCAAGUGACGGCGAGAUUUGACCACUUCUGGCGCAGCACCGGCCUCUGCCCUCCAGAUCCUCACUCUCGCGCGGACGCCUUCCUGCUGGGGCUGGACGAGCGCCUUAACCUCGCCCUGGUCGGCUCCCUCCCGCACGACGCCGUGGCCCAGGUGCGGAUCCACUGGCUGCUCGACCUGGUGCAGGGCAGGGUCUCUGAUGUUUCAUGGGUCCGGAACAAUCCCUUGAGGGACACCGCAACGAAACUGGACUUCAUCGGAAACUUUGCGGGAGCCAUUUCGUCGGAUAAUGCCACGAAGGAAGUGCCAUAUACCUUACAGCAGCUGCGAUCCAAGACAUGGCAUUAG